ACAGAGACAGAGAGAGAGGGAGAGAGAGAGAGAGGGAGAGAGAGGGAGAGAGAAGGACGCAGAAUGGCGGCGGUGCCGUGCUCCAAAUGCACGGCAGAAAGAAAAGGCUUUCGACGGGAACUUGACUCGUGGCGAUACAAGCUGCUCCACUGUGUCGGCUUUGAAAGCAUCAUAGAGGGGAUUUGUGGCUCCAUGUUGACAAGAGACCUCAACUUGUUUGACGGCUGUGAACCCAAGCAGGUGGAUGACUGGUCCCCAGAAGCCAACUGCUCCUUCUGCAACCUCGCCCUGGACAAACUCAGUGAGCAAGCAACCGCGUCAGCCCUCUCCUCCCCCUCGGAUGGCUCUCCAUGUCAGGCCCCGACCAUGUCUGAGAGCAGCCAGACCGCUCACAGGUUCCUCCAGGCUGUGUUCCACAAGAAAGGUGUGUCCCUGGGCCGCGAUUCCAACAUUCCUCAGAUCGCCCAGGAGCUAAUGAAGAAGAUGAUACACCAGUUCGCCAUAGAGUAUGCAUCGAGGUGCCUACUCCACACCACGCCAACGGAUGUUACAACAAGGAUCUCCUCGCCUUUUUCCCAAACGCCUGAUGCCCCCUUGGACCUGACAGUGAGCCGACCUCAGGGUGAAGAAGAACGGCAAUCUAAUACUGAUGGCGUGCUUGACCUCUCCAAAAACAACGGUGACAGCUCCACAACAACUUCAUCAACAGCCAACACAAAAGCCUCUGGCUGCCUACCGCCUUCAGAGGAAGAAGCAUGGAAAGAUAAACAGCGGAAGAAGCUUCAUAAGGACUCGGCACUGGAUGUUGUCUUUAGCUCUCUCUGCCCAGCACAUUGUUCCCUACUCUACCAGAUGCUGAAGGUAGCGCACAAGGAAAGAUUGCUCUCCUCCCCUGAUAGAGUCUUAACGGAAGCUAACUGCUGUCACCGUGGAGGGAAGAGCAACUCCUUCCACUUGUCCGGUUGUGGUCACCGAGGCUGCGAAAGCACAAUGUGCCAUCCGAGACACGCGAUACCCCAUCGUUGCAUUUCUAAAUUCCCGUUUAAGGACUAUCAAAGUGUUGCUCAAAACAACUGCUGUAUGCAAAGGUGCAGAAUGGACACGUUCACUAUGGUUUGCCGCAAGAGUCUGCACUGUAUUUCCUGCCAAGGUCUGUCCGUAGAUCCCAUCCACGUUGUCUGUCCCUUUGAGUCUUGCGCUCCAAUCUCCUGCAAGAAUCACGACCCCCGCUCUUGUUUGUGUGUUCCAAACCACACCUGUUCGACACAGCUGAAGAACACUCCGGAGACAGGAGAUGCAGAUCCCCCUUGUCCAGCCCUGAGAAGGCAGCAGAGCCCUUCGCCUCCCCCGCUUUCUCCAAUCCCUUUUGAUGUUGAUAAGAUGCCGGAUGAAAUGCCACCUUCCCUGCUUCACCAUAAACAAGAUGAGGCGGCCCGAGUUCCAGACGCAGAAAUAACAAAUGAGAUAGAGUUCAGGAAGAACCGAAGUGGAACUUCACUGCAAGAUGUUGUCAAUCGCUUCAGUGAGAAACUUGACACCAUCAGACCGCCAGAGAGGAACCCAGCUCUGGCCUACCCAGCCAGCCAUCUGCCGGAAAAGGAGCAGCUAGAGUCCUCUUCCAUCAGUCAAAACUCCCAAUUUCACACAGACAGUCAUCUGACCGAAAUCAUCACUACCGUUCUUCACACACGCAGCGCCAGUGACUAUAACCUCAGCGAUCUGUUCAAUCGCCACGAUAGCCAAGAACCCAAGUCGCCCAACACACGCUUGCGUCGUCGCCAGGAAGUCCUGGCAGCUCUGGCGACACCGGCUGAUGGUACUACAACCCGAAGGCAAAGCCUGCAAAUUAAACGAGACCUUGCGAUGUAUGACCUUUCAUACAAUCGAAAAAAGGUUGCACAGGCAAGGAAAUCCCAAUUAAAAGAAGUUAAUGCAGUAAAUACAUCAAGCACUUUGUUGGACUCGAAUGUCAUCCACGAUGUAGCAGGAACCGAGUUGAAUAUGCACAAUCCAAGAGUUAUGGUGGUACCAUUAAGUAUUAACUCUGUCAUCAACAAAAUCAAUGAUAAAAUACAAACAGAGGAAAGAUCUGCGAAUAAAAAAGACCCAACUUCCCCAGACCUGCAGAGCAAAAGGUUUGAGGGCAAGGUUAAUGAUGCCAUGAUUCUUGAAAAUGCUAGCGGUGCCACUAAUGAAUGUAAUGAUAGACCAGAUGGAAGCCAUAAUACCAUUAAUGACAGUCAUCCAGAUCAGACAUCCCCUGCAAAAGAGUCAAGGCGAUCCAGGAGGAACAUAGUCCCUCCACAACGAUUUGCCUCUUACGUCACAGAACCCAGGAAGAUGUUCUUCGUAGCUUGCUUCUCUGAAAGCAUCUUCAACCAGCAAACACACAAAGAAGAGGACCUCACAUCAACCACCUCCGAUGCCUUAUUGAAAAAUGUGCAUGUUGAGCAUGCUUCACUGCAGUCCUCAGAAGAGGACUUUUCCUCAUGUGACCUCCCCCAGGCUUUAGACUCUGCCAAUAAAGAAGAACACAGUUCAUGCCAUGCAGAAUCAAACGAGGAACCCCAAACUGUAGCACAAACAUCUCCAAAAAGACUAUCAGGCUCAAAUACUGCAUCAAGAAGACUCCAGUACUCAAAUGUGGGUAUGACUACCAGGUCUGCAACCUUUGCUAACACUCAUUGUAACUCUCCAGUCCAGUACACAAGCCCAAUAAAGUUAAUGUUUGUAUCACAGUUAAUAGACAAAGAAGGCGUCAGAUAUCGACUUAAAGCCGCAAAGUCUGGAUCAAUUGCACAAGUAGGGGAACCCUUUGACCCGUGCAAAGAGUCCUCCUGGGCUGGGACACGAGAGAAGAAGCAACAAAAAAAAGCAAAGCAUCAGUCAACUACCUCGCCUGGUAACACUGUACGCCCAUCUCCAAAGUCAGGUUCUACUACACCAGCGACUUCCCCUUCCUUGUCACUUAGGUCCGCUUCCCGUCUCAAAUCAGACUCGGUAGCAGACAACAUUCCUUCCUUAUCACCCAAGUCUGCUUCCUCACCAACUGUGCCUCUCUCAUCUCCAUGUAAGUCCACCUCUUCCCCACUAAAGUCAGUUUCCGUGUCACCCAAGUCAGCUUCUUCUACUCCACUUAAGUCAUGUUCUAAGUCGCCCUCCUCGUCACCCAAGUCAUCAUCAGCGUCUGGUAAAUCCACUACUUCACCCAAGCUUGUGUCGUCAUCCCCUAAACUCGGCUCCAGAAGAUCAGGAGAAAGUAGUCCAGCUGAGAACCAAAGAUCACCAGGCGACUUGCAGUCUUUCCAUGAAACAACUCCCCCCAAAAGACGUCCAGGCCGGCCAAAGAAACUUGGGCCGCAUCUGGAGCAAAAAGUAAAGAGACCAAUCGGUCGACCGCGAAAGCAGAAGCCAGAAGAUGCUGUACUUGGGACGAAAGCCAACGUGCCUGACGUAACUGAUGAGAAUGUCAAUAAGAACCUCAAAAUUACAGUAGUCUAUGGCCGUUCAAGAAGAAAUAAACGAAUGGUGUCAGAGAGCUUCGAUAAACUUCAGACUGAAUUCCAAGACGUCUGGCAAGCAGCAAGUCUGAAAAACAGAUUGGGUGCAAUAACAGAAAAGUCAGAGAUAAACCUAGGUAGUUCUAAAAUGUGUUCAGUUGACCUCAGUCCAAUGAAAGAGACCAGGAGUGACCUUAAAUGCCAGAAAAGAGAUAAAGUUUUACCGUCAAGAAAACCUGGUAGACCUGCAAAAGUUAAGAUCUCUGGAAUCUCGGUAACUGUGACCACGGUGUCACCAAAGCAACGGAAGAUUUUGAUUGAGCGGUCUGCUGAUAGACAAAUGGAAAAGAAAGCACUCCUGCCAGAAUUCCAAACUUCAAAAGAGCCCAGGAAAAUUGGCAAACAUUUGCAAGCAGAGGAACGAAGAGAACCCCAGAGUGUAAGUCAGAACCAACUGCCUAAUGAGCCGGUAGCUGUCCGUCAGUCAAAGAGAGUGAGCAAGCCAUCCUUUUAUUUCUUGCACGCCGUUGCCACCGCCACAACUAGAUCAUACAGUCACAGUAACGCUCUACUACGGCGCUCCAAAAAACUUCUGCUCAACAAGGCCAGCCAAGAAAGGAAACAAGAAGAGAAGCAGAGUAGAAUAGAACGUUCUGGAAUGAAAAGACAACACUGUGACCAAGAGAGGAAGAAAAUCUCUCAAGAACUUAACCGAGUGGCAGGUGUUUCUGUGGAAUCAAUCUUUGCUCCAGAGGAAGCGGUCCGCUGGUGGCCGGCGUCCGCCGAAGAAAAGACCUUGAACCAUGAGCUCGCCAGACGUAUCCGCUUUUUCUCCAACUCCUGGGUCUCGAAGGCAGUGAAGAAACAUGAAGUAGACAUUGAAGUCAAAGUAGACACAGAAGAGAGCAAGUCUUCGGUGGUUCAAACGCUGUUCAACUGCAGCCCAAAUAAACCCAGGUCAUGUAGUUUGCCGCAGCUGUGCUCCUGGUUCAUGCAAACCACAGAAACACAGUCCUUGGCCAUCGUCAAGAAGACAAGCUCUCGCAACCCCUACGAAGUCAUGCACUUCCCCCACUUGCUAAACAAGCAAGGCGUCAAGCAUCAAAGUCCUCAGGCUGAACGACUUCACAGACACCUCAAGAAGUUCGCCAAGACUUUGCCCAAAAGCACCGUCCAGUUUGAACGAGCUAAAAGAAGAAGGGAGAAGAAAACGAAGGAGCCUCUGGCCGUCCGAAACAUUAAACGACGACUCUUCGUUACCAGGAUGGUGAGCCAAGGACGCCGUAGUCAAUACCGAGCCACACUACUUCGGGCAAGGACACGAUUCUCGUCCCCGCCAGUGAGAAAGAGGUGGGCACAAAAACAAAAACCUUCAUGUAGGUUAAAAUUGAAGGCGUCAAACCGACGAGCAGAAGAAGUCCAAUCCCAGCGAGACCCAAACAUGUCCUGUAACUCCCCGAGUGUACAAUCACUGAAGGAAUGCAGAGUAUUCUUGAAAAAAAUCGACAAAUCCCCUGAGGAGUGGGACUCUUGGCCUUUGAAAGCGAAUUCCAGGGAGUCCGCCUCUGCGUACGUGGACAGAGAGCUGCUCGGAGAUUUUAAAGCUGUGAAAACAAGGAAGGUGAAAGUCAACGGCAGGACUGCAGAUUCCGCACCUGAAUCGCUCCAGAUGCCGGAGAAUAAAACACGUUCGGGGAGGCGGAAGGAAGGUCCUCAUGAUCCACCACCAGCUAAAAGGCUGCGACAAUCGCGGAUGAAGGGCUUAAGUGGACCAAGGUGGCGCGACUUUGUCUUGGGAAGCUAGCUGGCCAAUCACCUUCCUUCCUUCCUGCCUUCCUUUGUGCCUUUGGAGCCAGCUGAGCACCACCCGGUGGACGUGACGCUCCACCUCCGACAAAGACGACACGCUGCACUAUUUUGAUAUGUCCUGCUUUUGUAAGGAGAGACUGGAGUAAGACUUUGUUCCCAACAACACCCGCACUGCUGAAAGUAUGUCACCCAGCGUUAGUUUUGCACCAUCCCAGCAGCUACUGUAAAUGACUUCAUUACUGACACGUGUCUCUAGAGCCAUAAUGUGACUUGGAACAAACUGCAUUUACUUGAUGGCAUGUGGGGGAAUGUUCUCAACUCCCGUUUCCACGCCCAGUGUUGUAAUGAGCUACUAAUAGGCGUGGAUGUAGCUAAUGUCUUUUUAUUUCUCCAUUCUGCAGUCGCCCGCCUCCAAACCUCACAAUAUUUCAGGUCCCACAAUCAUUUUGAGACAAAGUACAGGCCUAAAGUUUGUUUUCUUUAUUUUCAUGACUAUUUACUUUGUAGAUUGUCACGUCAAAACUAAGAAUGAACACAUGUGGAGUUAUGUACUUAACCUCUUAAGGCCCAAGCUGUUUGUUUACAUGCUUUUUUUUAUUAUUGGACCCUAUUUAGAAUAAAAACUAAGAAACAUCUUUUGAUAUGAUGUACUUAGUCCAUAAGUACACAAAUGUGUACUUCUUGUGUAGUGACAUGCUAAUUCUUAUCUUUACACUUUUUUUUCCUUCCAAAUUCCAUUGUAUGUUGUACUCUUCUGACACCACCAGAUGGCAGUAUAAGUGUCCACAUAAGUGGCCAUAAGACCCCAAUUCAGUAGUGUACACAAUUUUGGAAAUAAGAGCUAAAAGGUGCUGUCCACGCAUGUGGCCACUAAGCCUUUAGAGCAGGGGUCACCAACGGGGUGCCCGCGGGCACCAGGUAGCCCGUAAGAACCAGAUGAGUAGCCCGCCGGCCUGUUCUACAAAUAGCUUAAAUAGCAGCACUUACCAGUGAGCUGCCUCUAUUUUUUAAAUUGUAUUUAUUUACUAGCAAGCUGGUCUCGCUUUGCCCGACAUUUUUAAUUCUAAGAGAGACAAAACUCAAAUAGAAUUAGAAAAUCCAAGAAAAUAUUUUAAAGACUUGGUCUUCACUUGUUUAAAUAAAUUCAUUAUUUUUUAUACUUUGCUUCUUAUAACUUUCAGAAAGACAAUUUUAGAGAAAAAAUACAACCUUAAAAAUGAUUUUAGGAUUUUUAAACACAUAUACCUUUUUACCUUUUAAAUUCCUUCCUUUUCUUUCCUGACAAUUUAAAUCAACGUUCAAGUAAAAAAAAUUUGUUAUUAUUGUAAAGAAUAAUAAAUACAUUUUAAUUUAAUUCUUCAUUUUAGCUUCUGUUUUUUUGACAAAGAAUAUUUGUGAAAUAUUUCUUCAGACUUAUUAUGAUAAAAAUUCAAAAAAUUAAUUCUGGCAAAUCUGUAGAAUCAAACUUAAAUCUUAUUUCAAGGUCUUUUUAAUUUUUUUUUAAAUUUUUGUUCUGGAAGAAAUAAUGAUUUGUCUUUGUUAAAAAUAUAGCUUGGUCCAAUUUGUUCUAUAUUCUAACAAAGUGCAGAUUGGAUUUUAACCUAUUUAAAACAUGUCAUCAAAAUUCUAAAAUUAAUCUUAAUCAGGAAAAAUUACUAAUGAUGUUCCAUAAAUUCUUUUUUUAAUUUUUUCAAAAAGAUUCGAAUUAGCUAGUUUUUGUCUUCUUCUUUUUUCGGUUGAAUUUUGAAUUUUAAAGAGUCGAAAUUGAAGAUAAACUAUGUUUCAAAAUUUAAUUGUCAUUUUGUUCGUGUUUUCUCCUCUUUUAAACCGUUCAAUUAAGUGUAAAUAUCAUUAAUUAUUAAUAAUAACAGAGUUAAAGGUAAAUUGAGCAAAUUGGCUAUUUCUGGCAAUUUAUUGAAGUGUGUAUCAAACUGGUAGCCCUUCGCAUUAAUCACUACCCAAGAAGUAGCUCUUGCUUUCAAAAAGGUUGCUGACCCCUGCUUUGCACACUCUUGGCAUUCUCUCCAUGAGCUUCAAGCACACCUGUGAAGUGACAACCAUUCACCUCUUGAAGCUCAUGGAGAGAAUGCCAAGAGUGCGCAAAGGGUGGCUAUUUUGAAGAAACUAGAAUAUAAAACAUGUUAUUUCACCUUUUUUUGUUAAGUACAUAAGUCCACAUGUGUUCAUUCCUAGUUUUGAUGUGACAAUCUACAAAGUAAAUAGUCAUGAAAUGACUAAACUUGAACUGUAUCUACAAUAGCAUUAAAUGUUUCUGUUUCUAGCAUCACGUCCUGUUUUAAAUGCGGUCUUGUACUUUUGCGGACUGAGUGAGUGAACACUAAGUCUGUGGUUUUAGUAUCGUGUGUGUGUGGUCUUGUGGUGGCGGACAAACAACCUGCUCACUGACUUUGGUGCUAAACUUCUGUUGUGUAUUUCUUUCCUGUCUUUUUAUACUGCUGCAAGUGUGACGGCUGUUUGGACCAAUAAAAAUGUGG